AUGAAGACAGAGGCCCAGGCUUCAAAAUCUUUGCUGACAAAUGUCUUAUUUGCUGAGACAGAGCUUUCUGAGGCUUUCCUCAGAAGCCAGACUUGGGAAGACAGGAGCACAGCUAACUGGCCUCCGAUGGUCUGGGUUUCAAAAUCCCAGGAUUUGGAGGCCCGGAUCGCAAAGGCUCUGGCCUGGGAGAUUCAGGCUGGUGAGGCCCAGCACAGAGCCAACCAAGGCAAGCCAGUCAGUGGACUGGAGGUGGAAGCUACCCAGGCCCUGAAUCAGAAACCCUUACCUGAGGUGCAAGUUGCAGAGGAGGAAAAGCGUGAGGUCCUCUUUACCCAUCCAUGCUUGUCCAGUAAGGUUGAGUACAUCCUGACUGAGGUGGGCUACUCCAUGAAGAUAAGCAGUCACUGGCAUUUUUUCCUCCUGUGUCUUCACAAUGGAGGUUGCAGUUGUCUCAUCAUCUACAUCCUCAUGCUGUUCUUGGUCGGAGUUCCUCUUCUAUUCCUGGAGAUGGCAGCUGGUCAGAGGACACGUCAGGGCAGCAUUGGUGUCUGGAAGGUCAUCAGCCCCUGGAUUGGUGGUGUGGGGUACAGCAGCUUCAUGGUGUGCUUCAUCACCAGCUUGUACUUGAAUGUGGUUAAUGCCUGGACCCUUUUCUACUUGGGUCAGUCCUUCUACUCUCCAGUUCCAUGGGAAAAAUGUCCCUUAUUGGGGAACUCCAGUGACUUUGAUCCCGAAUGUGUUCGGACAUCACCCUCCCUGUACUUCUGGUAUCGGCUGAUCUUGAAGGCCUCAGACAGAAUUGAGGACGGUGGGUUACCAGUCUUCAGUCUGAACCUGCCAUUAUUGGUGUCCUGGUGUCUUGUUGGUGCUUUCAUGAUUAAUGGGCUCAAGUCCACAAGGAAGGUAAUGUGUGUCCUAGUGCCAGCCCUCUAUUUCAUCAUCCUCUGUUUCCUCUUCCGGAGUCUCCUGCUGGAAGGGGCAGCUUUUGGCUUUCAGCAUUUGUUGCUUGCCAAGAUCUCAGCUAUGUACAACAUGAGUGUGUGGUAUCAAGCAGGAAAUCAAGUCUUGUUUGCCUUGGGUCUAGGCUUUGGUCCUGUUGUCUCCUUAUCUUUGCAUGUGCACCCAUCCACCAGCUGUCUCAGUGAUGGGUUUCUUGAGGCUCUGGUCAACCUGUUCUCCAUGCUGCUGGUCACUUCUGCCUUUUGUAUCCUGGGCUACUGGGCUACAGUCAUCACGCACCACUGCAAUGAGAAGAAUGCCGAAGCACUUGCAAAGCUGGUAACCUUGGGGAAACUGCCUGUUGCGGCACAUCCCCCUCCCGACCUGGUUGAUAACCCGACCUCCAUCUUCAGCUCCUGGCUCAGCAGCCUUCCCCGGCCCAUCAAGAGCAUGGUCCUCAGCUAUGUGACUGAAUGCAACUUAAAGAAGCAGUUUUCGAAGGUUAAGGCGGGCCCAGUCAUUGCAUUCGUGGCCUUCCUUGAAGCCAUGUCAUUUAUUCCUUGGUCUGUCUUCUGGUCCAUCCUCCUCCUCCUGCUUUUGCUGACACUGAGGCUGAGCAGCGUGAUAGGGUUCAUGCAGGCCAUCCUUACCCCACUCCAGGACACCUUUUCUUCUUUCAGGAAAUAUACAAAGCUGCUUACAGUGGUUGUCUUUGUGCUUAUGUUCCUGUGUGGCCUCUUCUUCACUCAACCUUCAGGCAUCUACUACAUGAGUCUGCUGAAUGAAUACUGGACAGUCUUCCCCAUAAUCAUCAUCAUCAUACUUGAAAAUGUAGCUGUUAGCUGGGCUUAUCGGGCCAGGAGGUUCCUUGAAGACUUGGCAAUCAUGUGGGGAUCCCCUGCUUCUCUCAUCAUUCAUGGGCUGUGGUGCUUUCUGUCUCCAUUUGUGCUGCUAGCCCUGUUUGUGAUUACUGUGAUUCAUCUGUCUCAGAAGACUAUCACCUACGUGGCCUGGGACUCCAACAGUUCAAAAGAGGUUCUUCAACAAUACCCAUCAUGGGGGCUGCUUACGAUUAUUGCCCUUUUUCUCAUGGUCAUCCUCCCCAUCCCCACAUACUUUGUAAACUGCCUCACCUAA